AUGUAUGGUCCAUCUAUUCGCCACUGGUGCAUGCGUUUUGAAGCAAAACAUCAAAUAUUCAAACAACUUGCUGUUAAGUCUAAUAAUUUCAAAAACAUUCUGUACACGUUAUCAAAGCGUCACCAACUACGACAAUGCCUUCUUUUAUUAUUGCCUGAUUAUUGCACAAUGAUUAGAGAAGGUUAUUCAGCAACAGAAAAACAUAUAUAUACAUUACCAGCUGAUGUUCGAGAAGAUAUCGAUGGUGAAACACUUUUUAAUUUACCACAGUCAAUAAUGUAUGAAAUAAUAAAAACAAUUAAAGAACGUGCACGUUUUCUGGCAGAGCAUCGCAAUCUUUUUCAUGGCAUGGCUUGUAAUAAUUCUGAUCAAAUAGCAUCCGAAAAAUAUAUUGAUAAUUCACUUUAUAAUAAUUCUCAACAAGUGAUUGAACAAUGUAACACAAAUCAACUCACAACAAUGUCUACGAUUACAUUUUCAAACAAUCAUCCCAGUAAUGAUUCUGCAUUUGAUUCAUCAACCGAUUCUGAAGUUAUGAAUGACGAAACAAUGAUUUCAUCAAAAGAAGAUGAUGCAAAAGAAAAACCAUAG